GCGCUCGCGUGACCGCGACGGACGUCAAGGAGGUGCUGGCCUCCCUCUCGACGAACAUCACCAACAACACGCGGCGAGGCGCCGGCCGCCCCGAGGUGCGCGAGCUCUCCUGGGGCCGGGGCCUCUCGGCCUUCGACCCCGCGGCCUACGACUACGUCGUGGCCAGCGACCUGGUCUACAAGGAGGCCUCGCUGGGGCCGCUCGCCCUGACGCUCAGUCACUUCCUGGCCGGCGGCGGCGAAGGCGGAGGUGCCACGGCGUUGUUCGCGCUCAAGUUGCGUUUCGGCUUCUGCGGCGAAUUCGUUCGCCGCCUCCGCCGGACGUUCCGCGUCCGCACCCUCGCCGAGUGGCCCGAGGACGAGACGCUCAUCCUCGAGCUGAGGGGGGCUCGGGCGAGAGGGAAGGGCGGGGAAGAGGAGGGGGAGGAGGAGGAGGAAUGGAUGAAUUGGAACGAGGAAUAG